AGGUGAGGGGUAAGGGGGAAGUGUGUUUUCGCAGUGCACCUGCUGUCCACUUGCUUUCCUCUGGCUUUCUCCACUGUCCUCCUGGGAUGCAGUGUGCUGAGUUCGGUUGUCUGUACUGGGAGCUAGGGGACAGUAGAAAUUGCUGUCUUUUUAGUGCCCUCUGUUGGAUGGACAAGUACUAAAGUGAGCGGCUGUAGUGAAACUUGUUUCAGAAAGAAAUCCGCUCUAGGAUCCCUAGCCCUCAGGUGCGGGAGGGCAUCGGAGGCCUGGGUGCAGUGUUCACACAGUUCAUCUCACGGGCUCGGCUUACCACGUUUCUCGUGACUCUCGAGGUAGCCAGUUGGUGAGUGGGGGCAAGAGUUCCUGUUUGGAGUCUCCAGAAGGUCAGGUGGUUGAAGAGCUCUUGUGCCCGCCCCCCAUUCCAGGAUUUGGAAAGAAUUGUGGACUGUUACUAUGGAAGCUUGACUUCUCCUGUGUUAGCAUGGAAGCUGUGCGUUCCGGGCCUGAACGAUUUUCCUUCCGGAGGGGCUGGCUGACAUGAGGCAUCAUUGUUUCAGACAAGUUCAGUUUUGGAAGGUCUUGACUGAUACUUUUGUUUUGACAGCAAUUGCCUGUUCAGAGCUCUUGGGGAUCAGCUGGAGGGACACUCGCGAAAUCAUCUCAGGCACCGACAGGAGACAGUGGACUACAUGAUAAAGCAGCGGGAAGAUUUUGAGCCCUUUGUGGAAGAUGAUGUUCCCUUUGAGAAGCAUGAUUCGCGGCACAGAUAAGAGCAAUGGGAGAGAGCUCCACAUCGCCUAUCGCUACGGGGAGCACUAUGACAGCGUGCGGAGGAUCAACGACAACUCGGAAGCACCUGCUCAUCUCCAGACAGACUUUCAGAUGCUUCACCAAGAUGAAUCCAGUAAAAGAGAAAAGACCAGGACAAAAGCAGUUGACUCUGAAGAUGACCUGAGAGAUGAAGUGGAAGAUGCUGUCCAGAAAGUUUGUAAUGCAACUGGAUGUUCAGAUUUUGAUUUAAUAGUCCAGCGCCUGGAAGCUGAGAAUUAUAACAUUGAAUCUGCAAUACUUGCUAUGCUUCACAUGAACCAAGGGAGAGGAAAUAACAAUGCAGAGGUGAACCUCGAGCCCGGCGGCCGAGAACGGACACAGCAUGGCCACUUGUGGGAGGAGGGUGGCAGCGGCACCAGAGUCUUUGGAAACCAGGGCUUAAAUGAUGGCAAGAGCGAGCACAGUAAGGCGCAGGCCAGCCCUAGUGAAGAACACAAAGCAAAUAAAAACCAGCUCUCAAAGGUCACAAACAGACAGAGGAAGGAGCAGCAGCGACUGGAGAAGAAGAAACGCCAGGAGGAGCGGCACCGGCACAAAGCCCUGGAGAGCAGGAGCGGCCCGAGGGACACGGACACGAGUGCGCAGGUCACCCUUGUGAAGACCUUUGCCGCUCUCAACAUCUGACUCCAGCCUCCUGGGAGCGGUCCAGAGCGGACGGAGGAGGAGGUGCCCGGGCCAGGCGUCCAGGGAGGCCACGCUUCACAGAACCCACACAUUAGCCCCAACAUGGAGUGCGUUUCCUUGAAGCUGCCUCUUUUUUGUUCAAAGUUUAAUUUGAUUAAUGAUGUGUUUUAUUUGAUGGAAGUUGAAGCCGUUCACCCUCGGUAAUGGCAGCUUAGGGUGGUGGACGUCAGGGUGGAUGGAGAGAUCAGGAGGGCCCUUGCUGUGUGUGGCUUUGUUUGCACAAUCAGCUCAGUGGCCCUGGAGCUUCCCUUAACACUGGGGUGAGUUUUGCUGUAAUUAUUCCUAAAAUAGUUUACAGUAACUGUCAGGAACCGAACUGCAGGUUUCCUUCAUUUCUCUUUCAUUUGCAAACAGAUGUUACCACAUAGGGUAGUUUCUAAUGAUCUCCAACUCAGGAACAAUUUAGAUUUAAUUCUCUUCUAAGCCAAGUUUCUCAAAAAGUAAUUCAGGAACUAUUUUCCCAGAGUAGUGUGAUCUGAGAGUUGUGGAAAUGAGGUGCAUUUCCUUCCCUUCUGACUGGCUUCAGUUGGGUGCAGGUGCGUGAGGUCAUCUGUACUCAGGCCGUAGGACCGGUGCACUGACCGUCAAGUAGGCCUGUUCGUUGCUGGGGUCUGCUUCUUGACAUUGGGAGGAUGGUGUGUUUCUGCUGAGAGAAAAUUCUGGGACUCUGUGGACCAGUCAGUAGUUGUAAAGGGAGAAGUCACGGCUGCCUGGAGCUUUGUCUAAGUCUAGAAUGUUCUUUGCUUAAGUAUGGAAAGACUUCUCGUGUACAUGGUAAAUAACUCCGUUUUCCCCCGUGCUAUUGUAGCCUUGAAAGAUACCUUCAGAGGAAGUAAAUAAUAACCUGGCCUCAUAGGAUGUUAAAUUAAAGUUUUAGCCUUCUGGUAGUGCAGGCCUAUCAGGUGCUGCAUUUUUGUUGUUUUUUGUUUCUUUUUGAAGUUUUGUUUGAGAUAUAAGUUAGAAGAACUCGCUAGUACCUACCAGGAGUUGUCAGUGUCUUAGGUUAGAUCAGCAGGAAGGAGGACAUACUGUUGUCAAGGCCUUUGAAUAGCUCUGCUACUGAGAAUAGAUUUUUGAGUCACAGGGAGAUGUCAUUCUUAAAAUGGAAUUAGGUACCCGAAUGUUAAUACUGCAGUAGCCAGUUUGGACAAUCUGUCAUUUGGGAACCUCAUAUUUGGACAGCUUAAAUAUGCUGAUUCAAAGGGUAAAUGAUUUGCCGUCUCCCUGCCCCCAUUAUGAAAUUUUAUAAGAAUGCAGGUGCAGGGAAAAGCAAUGAAAAGUGUUGACGUGUGUCGGCGUAACUUUGGGCAGGCCCUGGGGCCAUUGACUUCUCCGUGCCAGCAGGCUGUUUGCUUUCUUUAUUCACUUUCUGUUCAGAGAAGCCAUAGCGUGCUGGACUCGCUGCCAGGAUGUUGAGGUUUGGACUUCUGCCUGGGUAGAGCACAUUGUAGGCCUUAGAGAUUGGAAAGCAUCUCAGUGUGUUGAGUCUAUGCAUCCGAGUCCUGAGUUUGAAAACUCUGGGAUUGUUUAAGCCAGCAAUGGCUGUCAUCCGAAGGAGGUGGGAUACAGUGCGUCAGACCUCUGAGCAGUCCCCGGGCAGGUUCUGGUGUCCUACCAGCGCCUGGCGUGCUCGUCCUCAUGUGCAGAGCGGGUCCUCUCAGUGGCCAGAGGCUGCAGAUGGGGAGCCAGAAACUGCCAAGGCCUGCCAUUGCCCGCAGCAAGACAGCUGCUUCCCUUCUUUGGUCAGUGAAAGUGGCCUUGGGCCCUCCUCGGAUUUGGAAGUUUUAGAAGCUACUAAAAAAUGUUUCUCAUAAGAACACUUAUUUGUAGGUUACUUAAUUCUGAUAAUGAGUUUCAGUGGUUUUAAAAACUAAUCAAAUGUGUUUAAUAAUAUGCUUUGAUUAUUGUUUCAGUUUUCUGUUAUACCUGGUCUAUGUUUAGUGUUUUUAGGGAUGGAGCAUACGUGUCCACCAGAACGGCAUCAUCUAGCCAAGGAUGUGACUGCUUCUCCAGCGCCUUCGUGGGCACUGGAAUGUUACCUCCACGGCAGACCCGCUGGAGGCCCAGUGCGGCUCGUGCCGUGGUGGCUGUUGCCUGGCAUGGUUGCCCGUGUCCGCUCUGUCUGGGACCGAGUCUGUCCGGUGGAGACUUGUAGACGCUGUAGCGUUGUAUCUGUGGUUUGCAGUGAGGCUGGCGGGGAGAGGUGGAGCGGGGUCCAGAGCUGCUUGCUGGUCUUGUAAACUGUACAUAAAGGUUAGGCUUUUGUGGAUUUAAAACAAAGAUUUUUUAAACAUCAAAAUAUGAAAUAAACUUAGCAACAGCUUUGAACUAGAGAGGUAGGUGCAGUAAAACAACACACAACUUCUAAGAAAUAGAAUUAUCACCAGGAGAUACUAGAGCGGUAGGAUGUGUUUGUCUGUUUAAUUUUAGCUUUUCAGGAAUAUGUAAUAGUCUUUGAACCCAGUUGAGGAGUUGUGGCAGAGAAAGAAUCCUCAAUCCUGACGCUGUCUGCGCUUUCUUUCCUGGGCUCGGCACACACUUCCAAGCCGACGGCAGUCAGGAGGGCUCAGUGGAAGCUGCAGGGUGACAGCUCCCUGCCCUGCUUUUCAGGGGGGCUCAGAUGACGUGCUCUGAGUGCACGGCAACAUGUGCGGUGAAGUGCUGCUUGGAUGGGCCUCGGCAGCAAACCGUGCCAGAAGUGGCCGCUCCAGCCGGUGGCUGUCACUCCUAGCACACGCCCUUCCCUCUGCCGGGUCUUGCUGGGUCAGCAUGGACUGCUGGCGGUUUACCUCCGAAAUGUCCAUCUUGAAUAUACCACUGUUAGGGGGAUCAGAGUUCUGCUCAGGGGUUUCAGUCACUGACCCCGGGCGCUCUGGGGGACCAGAGAACGGCGCUGCCGGCUGCACCUUGCUUGGCCUCUCAUCCUGUUGCAGUUUUUCUGUUUCUGCACUUGCCUUGCUCACAGACUCAGCCCUGAGGCUCCCGCAGUCCUUCCCCCGGGACUCAUUAAUGGCAUUUUGCAUGGGAGUGUUUGCUUGCCUCCAAAGCCAGUCGUACUUUUCCACUGACACUGCUGAGCAGGAGAGCCCGAGAGUGUAUUCCAACCAGAACAUCUAGAGUCACAGGUCAGGGGACAAUCCCCAAGUCCCCGACACUUGAAAAGUGGAGGUUGUAGUGUGGCUUGUGUGCACAGGCCGGGCCACCGCAAGCCUGCCUUGUAUGUGGCCUUGGCCUUGGCCCUACCCUGUCUCAGGUGGGAUUCCCAUUUAGAACCUCAGGCUCUCGGUUUCUUCAAAGUAGUUAGUUUCCAGUCUUUGUAACCGUCCUACUUUGUGGUUUGAAUAAAAUGUCAGGUUUCCCUGUCAUUCCUGGAGAAGGGGCCAGUACCAGUGUGAAGAAUGGGCACACCCAUCAAGCAGAACUGCUGCUGUUCACUGAAGGUCAGGGUCACCGGACAGCACCCCUGGGACCUGGCUCUGCCCGCCACUGUCCAGCCGUCCAUGACAAUCACUUGAGCUAGUCCCAGCGCACCCUCAGGUGUGGGCCUGUGUUGGGCCCCUCUCCUGGAACUUGAGCUGUGCUGCCCUGAGGGUUUUCACAUCUUCCCACUCCCUCCCUGCGCCCCUCGCCACACUGCUCGUGGUGGGAGCCCCUUGCGGGGUCGCAGGGGCCACCGUGGAGCAGGCAGCUGCCCUCUCCCCUGGCUCCUGGCGCUGUCCUUGUUCCCGCUGCAGUCCGAGACUCUGUAGAGCUCUGUGGGCCGUGAUUUGUCAGCGUGGCAGCUCCGCCUUCUCUGUGGUGACAGGCGGCCAGCAACGUCCCUCGUGUAGUUCCCCUUGGUGGCCGCCACAGGUCUGUUCAUCUGAACCAUCUCAUGUUUUGUUUACUAAAGUACUGUACUUGGCUAUUUGCAGUGUUUUCAAAACCAAAUGUUCCUUUUUUGUGUUUUUAAUCUUUAAUACUUGGUGCAAUAGAAGCUGCAAAGAUGUGCCACUUUAUCUAUGAAAUGGAAUUUUGUAUACCAAUAAAUUCUAGUUUAAAGACAAA